UUUCUACGCAAAACAAACACAGGGGCAGAUGUUUCUCGGGACGACGCUGUCGAAGUUCAAAUUAGGGCACUCUGUCGAUGAAAAAUAAUAACUAUUGCUAAUCAUCCUCGGACGAAAUCUUUCGUGUCGCAUCGCAAAAUAGGCCAAGAUUGAGACCCAGUCGGAGACUUUUAGUCUAAUUACUGCUCCGGAUCGCCUCCAUUGCCGCCGAUCGUCUCCGAUAAGUAUUAAGGGGAAAGGGAAAACGAGAGAGAGGGUGGAACAGCUGAAAUGGAGAAUGAUGAUUCUGAGCUAGGGUUUCAGGACUUUUGGGGCAGUUUUACUGGAAAGAGAUAUGGGGGUCGCAAGAGAGCUAUCCAUCAUGAGAGAAGCGAGAGUUCUGAUUAUGAUGAUGAGCGUGAAAGUGUGUUGAUGUCUAUGAAGGAACCAAAGCCAACACAUUCUUCAAGUGGAGGGGUGAAAUUUGGGUCGGUUGGUGAGUCUUCCUGCUCAUUCAAGAAGAUUGUUACAGUCAGAGAUGAUUGUGAGCGUGGCGGUAGGAAUAAAAAGCUCAAAAUGACCUCCUAUUCGACGAAUGAGCUUACUACUUUUGAAAAUGAGAUUCACUAUCCUACACCAGUUCAGAAGGAAACUGACUCUAUGAAUGUACUUGAAUCUAAUGUUAUGAACAGUAACACGAGAAGUGACUAUGUUGCUCGUAAAACAGACUAUUUAGAUGCUUCGAUGGAUCUUCCAGAUGACAUAUUGCAUGCAGUUUUCUCUUUCUUAGACCUCAUUGAUCUCUGUCAAGCAGCAGGGGUUUGCAGGCAGUGGAGAGACACAAGUUGUCAUGAAGACUUUUGGCGGUUUUUAAAUUUUGAGAAUAAGGCCAUGUCUAUCGAACGAUUUGAAACCAUGUGUGACCGAUAUCCAAACGCUACAAGUGUGAAUGUCUAUGGUACUCCGAGAAUUGAUCUUCUUGGAAUGAGAGCAGUAACUUCAUUGAGAAAUCUUGAGAGUUUAACUCUGGGCAAAGGCCAGUUACCGGAGGCAUUUUUCCAAGCAUUAACUGAUUGCCGCAUGUUGAAUAAAUUAGUUAUCAAUCAUGCUACUUUGGGGAGUGGCCCUCAGGAAAUACCCAUUUCAAAUGAUAGAUUAGUUGAGCUUCACAUACUGAAAUGCCGUCUGCUCCGCAUAUCUGUCAGAUGUCCACACCUUGAAACCUUGUCUCUCAGGCGUAGUAGCAUGUCUCAUGCAGUACUCAAUUGUCCCAUUUUGCAAGAACUUGAUAUUGCUUCCUGUCACAAGCUUUCUGAUGGUGCAAUUUGUUCAAUAGCAACAUCCUGCCCACUAUUGGAAUCCUUGGAUAUGUCGAAUUGUUCGUAUGUGAGUGAUGAGACACUUGGGGAAAUAGCCCGGGCUUGUAGAAAUCUCCGAAUUCUUGAUGCCUCAUAUUGCCCAAACAUCUCACUUGAAGGUGUGAGACUGCCAACGUUGACAGUUCUUAAGCUGCAUAGUUGUGAGGGCAUUACUUCUGCUUCAAUGGCUGCUAUAGCUUUUAGUUACUUGCUGGAGGUUCUUGAGCUUGAUAAUUGCAGCCUAUUGACAUCAGUAUCUUUGAAUCUUCCAUGCCUGAAGGAUAUACGGCUUGUACACUGCCGGAAAUUCGCUGAUUUAAAUUUACAGAGUGGAGGGUUGUCAUCAGUUACAAUUUCUAAUUGCCCUUCCCUCCAGAGAAUCAGUAUUACAUCGAAUGUCCUUGAGAAAUUAGUGUUGCAAAAGCUAGAAAGCUUGAAAGAGUUAGCACUGCUAUGCUCUUGUCUGCAAGAAGUAGACCUUUCUGAAUGUGAAUCCUUGACGAAUUCCAUUUGUGAAGUUUUCAGCAGUGGAGGAGGCUGUCCUGUAGUGAGGUCAUUGGUCCUUGAUAAUUGUGAGAGUUUGACGACAGUGAGCUUCUGCAGUAAAUCUUUGGUCAGUCUUUCACUUGGUGGUUGCCGUGCAAUUACUUCUGUUGAACUUAGAUGCCCUCAACUCAAGCAUGUCUCAUUAGAUGGUUGUGAUUAUCUUGAAAGAGCAUCAUUUUCGCCUGUGGCUCUUAGGACCUUGAAUUUGGGCAUAUGUCCCAAAUUGAAUGUGCUACAUAUCGAAGCUCCAUUGAUGGUUUCACUUGAACUGAAGGGAUGUGGUGCAUUAUCAGAAGCAUACAUCCAUUGCCCCCUUCUAACAUCUUUGGAUGCCUCAUUCUGCAGCCAACUCAAGGAUGACUGUCUGAGUGCUACAAUAUCUAAUUGCCCACUAAUUGAAUCAUUGGUCUUGAUGUCAUGCCCCUCCGUUGGUCCUGAUGGACUUUCGUCCCUCCUUGGCCUGCACAAGUUGACUUACCUUGAUUUAUCGUACACAUUUUUGGUAGAUCUGCAGCCGGUCUUUUUCUCAUGUUUGCACUUGAAGGUUCUAAAAUUGCAAGCAUGCAAGUAUCUCUCUGAUGCGUCGUUAGAGCCUCUCUACAAAAGUGGUGCCCUUCCAGCUUUGAAUGAACUGGACUUGUCCUACGGCACACUCUGCCAGUCAUCAAUUGAGGAGUUACUUGCUGGCUGUAUGCAUUUAACUCAUAUCAGUUUGAACGGUUGUGUGAACUUGCAUAACUUGGAUUGGGGAUCUCAACCUGAUAAGCUAUCUGAAAGUAGUACUUCCGAUGCAUCGUCAUCUAGCCAUUAUUUUUCAGAAAGUGUCAUGUACGAGGGCCAACCUAGCUGCCUAUUGCAGAACCUCAGCUGCGUCGGUUGCCCAAAUAUCAAGAAAGUGGUUAUUCCUCCCACAAUAAGAAGCUUCCAUUUAUCAUCGAUAAACCUUUCUUUGUCUUCAAAUUUAAAGGAAGUUGACAUAUCUUGUUGCAACUUGUUACUUCUCAACUUGAGCAACUGUUACUCGGUGCAUAUCUUGAAGCUCAACUGUCCAAGACUGACGAGUCUUCUGAUUCAAUCCUGUAAAGUCGACGAGGAAACUGUUGAAACAGCCAUUAUGCCAUGCCACAUGCUGGAGACACUCGACGUCCGCUGUUGCCCCAAGAUAUCUUCAUUGAGCAAUGGCACCUUUCGCAAAGCUUGCCCGAGUUUAAAGCGCAUAUUCAACGGCACAUUCAACGGCGCAGCGCCGUGAGACAGAGAAAAAUAAAAGGCAUGCACUCUCCAUACAUCAUCUAGAAUUGGGUUAUGACCCAAUAUAUGAUUUAUAGAUUGUUUUUUUUUUUUUAAUGACGUGGGAACCGACAGCUGCAACUACGGGAAGUUGUCAUUUGUGAUUAUACUUAGCAGUGAUUGUAUGUAUGUAUGUAUGUAUGUAUGUAUGUAUUGGUAGGGUUAAGAGCUUCUUUGCACACAUUUUGGUGGGAGAUUUUCAGAAUUGAGUGCUACUUAUUUAUUUCUAAGCCAAAGCCAACUUUAUUGAACUAUGAAAUGGCUUUAGCUUGGGUGACUA